AUUCAAACGAUGGCAACCGAGGUGGCAUCUGUGGACGGUGGCGCAGCCAAGGCGACGUGGAGCGUGAAGCGGACGCGCGAGCUCUUCGCGGCCGAGCCCGAGGCCUUUGACGUCGACGAGCAGAGCCAGCAGACGCACAUCCAGGUCAAGUUCCGGGCGCGGUAUGCCAACGUGCCCGAGAUCAAGCCGAGCCAGCUCAAGAAGGCCAAGGUCACGACGGUCGCCACAAACAUCCCGGCGCCGGUCGUCGCCGAGGUCAUCGACACGGUAGCCGACGAGGUGCCUGCGCUCGACGCCAAUGACGAGACAGCCGACGUUGUUGGCAAAGCCGUCGAAGCCCUCGCCAAGCAAGAAGCGGCAGCGGCCGCUGCCAACCCGACCCACAAUUCGGCGCUUGUCGAGUACAAGAAGGAGACGACAUUUAGCGCGCAGUUUGCUUCGUCGUCGUCGACAGCUCUUGUGCGCCGCCGCCUAGCGCAGGAGGUGCCCAAGCCGCAGUGGCACGCGCCAUGGAAGCUCAAGCGCGUGAUUGCGGGGCACCUCGGCUGGGUCCGGUCCGUGGCUGUCGACCCGACCAACGAGUGGUUUGUCACGGGCUCGGCCGACCGCACGAUCAAGGUGUGGGACCUCGCGUCCGGCCAGCUCAAGCUCACGCUGACGGGCCACAUCAACGCGAUCCGCGGCCUCGCUGUAAGCGACCGCCACCCGUACCUCUUUUCGUGCUCGGAGGACAAGAAGGUACUGUGCUGGGACUUGGAGUACAACAAGGUCAUCCGCAGCUACCACGGCCACCUCUCCGGCGUCUUUAGCCUCAAGCUGCACCCGACGCUCGACGUGCUUGUGACCGGCGGCCGCGACGCUGUCGCGCGCGUUUGGGACAUGCGCACCAAGCAGCAGAUCCACGUGCUCUCGGGCCACCAGGGCACGGUGUGGUGCCUCGAGACGCAGCCGACGGACCCGCAGAUUCUCUCGGGCGCGGCCGACGGCACGGUCAAGCUCUGGGACCUCGCGGCCGGGAAGGCCAUGACGACGCUCACGAACCACAAGAAGGCGGUGCGUGCGAUGGCGUGCUCGCCGAACGACCACUCGUUCCUCACGGGCGCGGCCGACAACCUCAAGAAAUGGCAGACGCGCGACGGCAAGUUCCUCCGCAACCUCUCGGGCCACAACGCGAUCAUCAACGCGGUCUGCAUGAACCAAGACAACGUGGCGGUCUCGGCCGCCGACAACGGCACGAUGCGCUUCUGGGACUACACCACGGGCUACAACUUCCAGAAGGAAGCCACGAUCGUGCAGCCCGGGUCGCUCGACUCGGAGGCCGGCAUUUACGCCGCGACCUUUGACAAGACGGGGCUGCGUUUGAUCACGGCCGAGGCCGACAAAACCAUCAAGAUCUGGCAGGAAGACGCGACCGCAACGCCCGACUCGCACCCGAUCGACAUGUCGGGCUGGACCAAGGAGUUUACGGCGCCCAAGCGCUUUUAAUCGAGUAUCCCUACUAUAUGCAUGCAUCGACGACUGUGUC